AUGAUCACGAAAUAUUUCACCAAAGUCGUGGUGAGGUUCAACCCUUUGGGGAAAGAAGCCAAGACCGCUAGACUCUUUUUGAGUUCGAUUCCACCAACACAACGGCUUUCUGGUUUAUCUUUGAAAAACGAGCUUCUCAAUGGAGCGAGCACUGCGAGCCCGUUGGUGAAGGUAACUUUCAAGGACAAGACAGAGCUCGAGCUUAAUCCGACGGGAAUAACGUUCCAGGAAGUGGGGAAUUUUUUCGACAGGCAUUCUCGGAAAUUGAGACUAAAGGAAACAAUCGAAGCAUAG